AAUUUAAAUUAACCAAAAACAAAGAGAGAGAGAGAGAUUAGAAGUAUCCGCUCUCCAGAUGCAGAGAAACCGCCCCUUGGCGUUUACUGCUGCUCCGCCGGGAGGUCCCGCCGGUCUAUUGCCGGAUUCCUCCAUUCUCACCAUCCCAUUUCAUCUCUCGAUCUUAACCGCCACUACAAUAUUCUCUACCACCCAUCGCCCAUGCCCAAUGCUUCAUCAGCCCUUGCGUAUAACAGAUCUAAUUUUUGCAAAAUCCCUAAAAUUUGAUAGUUCUCUUGCUUCUCCGCCAUGUCUCAACUCCUUUGCAGCUUACAUAUUGAUGGAUUGUCUGUUUUCCUCAUCGUCACCGGCUCACCGCCGUCAGAGAAAUUAGUGGACUAUUAGUUAUGAUGAAAAUGUGAAAUGUGCAUCAAGCUAAUUAAGGGCUCCAUAUGAU